UCCAAACUCCAGUGAGUUAUAGCGCGCACGCUGCUGCAGACAGUAGACAUCGCCUCCAGAGUUGGAAGGCAAACGCCUAACACGACGAAGGCAGGGACCGGGAGAACACUACAGAAUGUCUCACGACGUUGCAGAUUUAUAUGGAAUUAAUUUACUUUAAUGACAAAUUAGGACGAUAUAUUCGUUCCCUGCGGCUUUGCUUUCCCAAGACGCCCGUCUCUUAACUUUAUGCACUUCACAAUACAGGGAGUGUUCAAACUCUCACUCGAAAGGAAACAUAAAACCGCAGACAAUGACAGCUUCAAUAAUUUUGAGCUUUCUCUGUAUUUGGAUGUGUUCACCCAGUCUGUCACAAGGGACCGGGUUUGUCUAUCAGUUUCCAAGUGUGACAUUCCAACGCAUCCACACUGAACACACUGCUGGACCCCUUGCAGGCACCAACGCGGCUCGCAGGAACUGGUGUCAGUACACAGUGUCGAAGACUGUGUCAUGCCAGGUCCACAACGGGACGGAGACGCUAGUACAGCGAGUGUUUCAGAGUUGCCGGUGGCCAAGACCCUGUUCUAACCUCAUCAGUUACAGGACCCUGGUCCGGCCCACUUACAGGCUGACGUUUCGCCAGGUGACAGCACUGGAGUGGAAGUGCUGCCCCGGCUUCCUGGGAGACGACUGCAAAGAGGAGUGUAUGAACUGCACUGGCUAUGCUGAUAUAAAUGAUAGACUGAGUAUGCUUGAAUCCAAGAUUGUGUUGCUGGAGGAGGUGGGACCACCACCUCUCCUAUUCAGAUACUCCCCAGAUAGGUCAUCAGAUAACGAGGUGGGACUGGGAGCACCCAAACCCACCCCCAUCACUCCCCCCGCAAUCGGACUACCGGGAGCCAGAGGCCUCCCAGGGCCAGCUGGACCCCCAGGUGUGGCGGGACCCCCUGGAUGCACUGGAGUGACAGGCCUAGCAGGGAAACCUGGACCCAUGGGACCCAGAGGGCCCCAGGGCCAGCGAGGAGCCCAAGGGGAGAGAGGUGUACCGGGGCCAGCGGGGCCUCUGGGGCCAGCCUCGUCCUUCUCUCACAGUGGAGACGUGUUUGGUCUGAGGGAGCUGGGUCAGUAUGAAGAAGCUGCGCUCCAUUCACAGAACAACCAAAGAGCUGUGACCGGUCCCCCAGGCCCCACCGGAUCCCCUGGGCCCCCAGGCCGUCCGGGACACACAGGGCCUGCUGGAAACCCAGGUACCCCAGGGAGAAACGCUGGUGUUGGUCCCUCAGGCAAGCCUGGGGAUCGUGGGCCUAAAGGAGACUCCGGUGAACGGGGACCCCCAGGACUCAGGGGAGAACAUGGCCAGCCAGGUGUACCAGGGCCAAAGGGUGAGCCAGAAGAUACCCAGGCUGAGGGGGAGGGGCUGCAGCAGCUGAGAGAGGCUCUGAAGAUCCUGGCUGAGAGGGUUCUCAUUCUGGAGCACAUGAUCGGCAUUCAUGAAAACCCACUAGAAUCCGGUUCUGGCCUGGACAUCCUGUCAGACCUGGUGCCCAUGUUUAAAAACAAAAGGGCAGGACCCAAAACCCUGCUCCACUCUCUCACCACAGGAGACCGAAAGCUGAUUGGAGAGGAAAGAGUGAGGAGGAGGGGCAAUUAGAUGGUCCUGCCAAGGGGUGUAGUAGAGCAUGGUUUGUAUAUGAACAGUGAUUGGGUAAGAGAUUGAGAUAGACGUACCAUGUGUUCUCUGAGUCAGAGUGGAUGACCAGUCAAUACUCAUGGAAUCACAGAAUUCUCUUACUCAGAUCCUUAAAUUUAGCCUGUUUAUAAUGUGUUUUUUACAUUGACUUUUAGUACUGUUGUCAUUAUCGUAGUCAUGUUAUUUAAAUGUAAUUGUGUAACUUUGGUGCUGGUACUGGCCUCAACAUGUGCAUAUUCUCAAUGACAUACUCCUGUUGGGAACUGUAGGAUGUACCAAAGGUAAAAGGAGAUACUAUAGCCAGUGGGCUAAAUAUAUUACAGUUUUAUCUGUAUUCAGUAAGAAUAUCAUGACUGAUUUUAGAUAAUAUCUGUACUGUUUGUUUUUUACAAGACUUGAGAAGAUUUGUUUUCUGUUUUUUAAUGGUUUGAAUUUGAUUUGAACACAACAGGGAAAUAAAGUGGUUUUGUUUCGGUUUUAUAUUUCUAGUAAUGAUUCUGUAUCCGAUGCAGUAGAAGGGACAUUUUACUGUAUCUGCCACUGUUGCAUAUCAUUGGAGCAGAUGGACAUGCAUGUUGAUAUCAGAUUACAUCGCCUCACAUGGCUUGAGGUAACAUUAAUUGCUGUAGCACUAGGUAGCGCUUUUGCUUGCAGUCCUGUUUCAACAAGUAGACUGGUGAAACUGUUGAAUAGCCAACUGUAAAAUAAAGUUUGACCCGUUGAUCUUACUUUUAGCUCCACCUUUUCUUUCUUUCAGUCUGGAGUUAUUAUUAACUCCAAUUUUUACAUUACAUCAUGUUUUUAUGCACCUGUUGAAAACCCCAUUUAUAAAUAGGUUGAAUAGAAUAAACGUCUGUUGGAUUGGA